CUCUCUUGUUCCACCAACUCCCAGUACUUCUUGUCACUCUUACAUUUCCUACAAAAUAAACAUUCAUUAUGGGUGUUGAGAGAAAGAUCAUCACCCGCGGCAGCGGCCCCUCGCCCGCUUCCGGUGACAAGGUCUCGAUCCACUACACCGGCUGGAUCUACGACGCUAAGAAGGCCAACAAGGGCUUCCAGGGCAAGCAGUUUGAUAGUUCUAGGUCGCCGGGCCGUGGCCCUUUGAAUGUGCAGAUUGGGGUUGGAAAGGUUAUCAAGGGUUGGGAUGAGGGUGUUAUGCAGAUGAGCCUGGGAGAGAAGUCUACUCUGACCAUUACUCCGGACUAUGGCUACGGUGACAAGGCGGCUGGCAAGAUCCCUGCAAACUCUACUCUCAUCUUCGAGGUUGAGCUCCUCAAGAUUAACUAACGGCAAUGCAUCAGUCAAUGAUGAAUUCAGGAAGAAAAAUAACACUGUUUUGUGUAGAAAGUUCCCGAUAACCGUGGUAAAUGCCUUAAUUCCCUAGGGAAUACAGUAGAUUGCAUAUUAUCCUACAGAGCUUGAGGAACUUAACAAAGCUGAUUAGAUAUGACUCAAGAUAUCCAUCUCUUAUAAGCUAUUAUAGCCAUUGGAUCUAAUCUAUGAUGCCUAAAUUGUACUGCGAUGUCAAUUCAAUGAGUUAAAUUAUUUCAUGUUUGAACAAGGCUAUGUUAUAUAUCUGCGAGACCUUCUAGGCCUUCU